AUGGAAGUCGCAAACCAAACGACCAAGAUAAAGGCAAACGACGUCGUGUCCGUAAAAUGCGACUGCUGCGGACUUACGGAAGAGUGCACGGAGGAGUACGCGCGGCGCGUGAGGGACCGUUAUUCGGGCCGUUGGAUUUGCGGGCUUUGCGGCGAGGCGGUGAAGUACGAGAUGCUCAGAUCCAACAAAAAGAUCGGGCCCGAGGAGGCCCUGAGCCAGCACAUGAACUUCUGUAGGAAGUUCAAGGCCCGAAGCCCACCAAAGAACCCGACCGAGGAUUUGAUCGAUGCCGUCAAGCAUUUGCUUCUGAGGAGUUUGGAUUCGCCACGGUCCAGCCCGGUGAGGAAGCCAGUAAGGGCCCCGUCCCAGAGCCGGGUGACGGCCCUGGGUUCGGGUGCUUGA